AUGGCAGUGCAACAGCUCUGCGAUCAUUUGAUCGCAGCGGAACUUCGAGAUCACCUCAUCAACCCUAUGCUGGUGCAAGAACUGGUGGAUAAGCUACCAUCAAGUACAAAGCUAGAAUGGGUACGCUUUAAAAGACAGCAGCAGGUGGUAGACUUAGCGACGUUUUCAAACUUUCUUUCGGAAAUCGUCUCUGAAGCAAGCGAGGUUACGCUAUUCGUAGAACCACCUAGAGAGCAACAAGACAGAUGCGGAAGAGAGCGAAAGGAUAAGAGAGGGAAGCUGAAAGAACAAGAAGCAUACUUGCACUCGCACGUUGGUGUUGUUGAUCAGCCUCAAAUUCAGCAUGGACAGCAUAACGAACAUCUGACUUGCAGAGAGGAAGGUACAAAUCGUAAACCAUGCCGAAUAUGCGAUCGAGCCGACCAUCGAAUUCGGUUCUGUGAUGAAUUUCGAAAAAUGUCGUGGGAUGGUAGGAUGCGCGAGGUGGAAAAACGGAAGCUAUGUCAGUUAUGUUUAAACGAACAUGGUCAAACACGAUGCCGUUUCAAGGGUCACUGUGGUGUAGGUGGUUGUCGGGAACGUCAUCAUCAGUUGCUUCAUCCUACAAGAACUGCUACUACGUUAAGAUUGGCGGACUGUAAUGUUCACGACAUGCAAACCAAACAACCUGUUAUUUUUCGAAUGGUUCCUGUAACACUGCACAACGGAAAGAUGCGUAUAGAUGUAAUCGCCUUCCUCGAUGAAGGGUCAUCAUACUCUUUAAUGGAAGAACAAAUUGCGGAUCAAAUUGGGCUUAGUGGCACAGUACAGCCGAUCCUCGUUAAAUGGACAGCAGAGUCCGUCGAUCAGUUUGUUUUGCGAAAUGUACACACCGUUGAACAACUGCAGUUACCAGAACAGAAGAUGUGCUUUGCGGACGUUGCCGCGCGUUACAAGCAUCUAAACGGAUUACCAGUGGCUGACUAUUUGCACGGUGCUCCAAGAAUUCUUAUCGGAUUGAAACAUCUUCAUGUAUAUGCCCCGAUAGAAUCGCGCAUCGGUCAGCCUGGUGAACCAAUCGCAGUAAGGACCCAGCUGGGUUGGACAGUAUAUGGGCCGCAAGAUGAUAGUGAGACUUCUGUAGGAUUCGCUGGUCAUCAUGUCGCUAAACCUAUGUCGGAUCAAAACCUGCACGAUCUGCUUCGAACACAUUAUACGCUAGACGAAUCGGGAGUAAGUGUUACGGUUCUUCCUGAGUCGGCAGAAGAUCGAAGAGCCCGGGAACUGCUGGAGCAAACCACCGUACGAAUUGGUAAUCGAUUUGAAACUGGGCUUUUGUGGAGAGCCAACUACCCGCAACUACCGAACAGCUUUCCGAUGGCAGUUAAACGUAUGCAGAACUUGGAAAAGAAGCUUUCGAAAGAUCUGGAGCUGCAGCAGGUUGUCCGCAAACAGAUGGAUGAAUAUCUUCGUAAAGGUUACGCCCACAAAGCCACGGCAAAAGAGUUGGCUGAAACAGAGGAAGGAAAGGUAUGGUAUCUGCCCUUAAAUAUGGUGUUGAACGCAAAAAAGCCGGGCAAGCUAAACAGCAAGGGUAAAGCGGCCGACUAA